AUGUCCUCUUUAUUUGUGUCCGAAGAUUCUGAAGAACACAAAGUGAAAAUAGAAGGGGAGGAUGGAAGGAUGAGUAUUGACUCUCAUGUAGACGCUGAAAUAAAGGGAGAGAUGGAGGUGACGAUGGAUAGAGACAACGUAAAAAUCAAGACCGAACCAACCGAGUCCGAGGACAAGGGAAGCUUGAGUUUUUACGAAGAUGAAGAUGAGGAUUCCGAAGAUGAGGAUGAUCCCGUUAUUGAUACAAUACCUGUGCAUUUGAAUGUGACAAAUACGAAACUAUCUCCACUAUUGUUGCAAUUUCCAACCAAGUCCAGCCAGUCUAUUUCGAAUCAGAACAACAUAUCUGCUUUGCAUAGGCUACAGAUCAAGCAUGAAUCAGGUGUUGUUGAACUCAGGUUACCCUUAAACACUGAGAAUUUCUUCAGUAAUACCACGGCUGAAAAAUAUAACAUAUCUGAGCAAUUCUUAAGGGGCGUCAUUAUCCACGAUGAGCCAAUGGGUACAUUGAAGGAAGGUACCAUCCACUCGAAUUCGGUUCUGCUGAACAAGGCGGAGAAGGAGGUGCAAGUCAAGCAAGAGAAAAAGACAAGCUUUAUAAAAAGCCACGAUGAUAAUAGCAACAGCAAUUUGUCGACAAUUCGUGCACAACCGGGAUCAGUUGGCGGGAGUCGAUACUUGGUGGGGGUUCAAGACAGUGAGGGUAGGCUACAUGUGACGCCGAUUUCUGAUACGUGCAUGUUGCGUCCACAUUUCUCGUAUAUCGAUAACAUCAAGUUGAGCAAGAUUGAACGUGAGCGAGAACUACAGAAGGAAUUGAACGACAACAACGAGAAGAACGGCAAUGGCAAGGAGGUGGAGAAGAAAAACGCCAGUGUUGUUACAAUGAGUGCCAAGAGUACCAAGGAGAACGUGCCUCGUCUGGGAGGUGCAUUGUUGAGCGCCAAGUUGGAGAGUGAGGAAGAAGGUAAAGAAUACCAAAUUAUUCCUUGUAAUGAGGAGACCAUUCACGCUCAGUUCACCGAAUCGAGUGGGAACUUUCUAAGGACCAAGCUGACGCAGGAGGAGUACCUGGAACUCUUGUUAAGGCAAACAAUGGUGUGA